CCCCCCUCUUUGUGAGGUCUCGUCUCCGUUAUCGAUUGAAUUCUCAAUCGCACCCGUCUCAAACCCUGAAACCGUUCGAUUUAUUCCCUAAUUAUUCCGUCCCCGAUGGCGGACGCGGCCGCGGGCGGAGGACCGUCGGAGCUGGCGGGGGAAGCCGGCGGCGGCUGUGGCAUGACGAGGAAGGAGAAGCGGAAGGCGAUGAAGAAGUUGAAGAGGAAACAGCUUAGGAAGGAGGUGGCGAUCCGGGAGCGCGAGGAGGAGGAGGCGCGGUCCAAUGAUCCAGAGGAGCAGCUGAGGAUACGGCUAAGGGAGCAGGAGGAGGCCGAGAUCGCGGAGAGGGAGAGGAAGGCGUUCGAGGAGCGGGAGAGCCUCUGGUUGGAGGCCGCCGCCGCGCGGAAGGCCGCGGAGGAGGAGGAGGAGGAGGAGGCCCGGAGGGAGAAGCUUCUUGAAGAGUCGCGAGAAAAGGAGAAUCAGCAGAAAGAGCAUGCAGAUGAGUUGGAAGAAGGUGAUGAAUGGGAGUAUGUUGAGGAAGGUCCUGCAGAAAUCAUCUGGCAAGGAAAUGAAAUCAUAGUAAAGAAAAAAAGAGUUAGAGUUGCAAAGAAAAGUGCUGAUAGACAGCCAAUGAAAGAGGAUGAUGACAGACCCACAUCAAAUCCACUUCCUCCACAGUCUGCAGCUUUUGCUUCUUACAAGAAUGAGCCAUCAAUGUCAGCACAAGAAGUACUUGAAAAAGCUGCUCUACAGAUUCCAAAUUUUGGAACUGAGCAAGAUAAAGCUCACUGUCCAUUUCACCUUAAGACCGGGGCCUGUCGUUUCGGAUCGCGUUGCAGCAGAGUUCAUUUUCAUCCUGAUAAAUCUUGCACAUUGCUUGUCAAAAACAUGUACAGUGGCCCAGGACUUGCUUGGGAGCAAGACGAGGGGCUUGAGUUCACAGAUGAAGAGGUUGAAUGUUGUUAUGAAGAAUUUUAUGAAGAUGUACAUACAGAAUUCCUGAAGUUUGGUGAACUUGUUAAUUUCAAGGUGUGCAGGAAUGGUUCUCACCAUCUACGUGGAAAUGUGUAUGUGCACUACAAGACCUUGGAUUCGGCUCUUCUCGCUUACAGUAACAUGAAUGGCCGUUAUUAUGCUGGAAAACAGAUAAUGUUUGAGUUUGUUGCUAUCACAAGAUGGAAGGUUGCCAUAUGUGGGGAAUACAUGAAAUCAGGGCUAAAGACUUGCUCACACGGAACUGCUUGCAAUUUCAUUCACUGCUUUCGCAACCCUGGAGGGGACUACGAGUGGGCUGAUUGGGAUAACCCUCCACCUAAAUACUGGAUUAGGAAGAUGUCUGCUCUAUUUGGCGAUCCAGAAUCAGCAUAUGACAAGCAAAUGGAGCUAGAAGAUCAUGAGAAGUCAAGGGAUUCAAAGAGGAAGAAAACACCAACAAAAAACAGUAGGUAUCAUUCAAGAAGAUCUAUUGACGGUGAGACAGAUGUGCGAGAUAGUGUUUCCAUCAGAGAAGAUCCAGGUAUAAAGAGAGAUCAAUACAGCAGGCACUCAAUCAGGAGAGAGCACUCUUAUAGAAGAAGAAAAGAAAUAGCUUUUCUGGAUAAGCAUGAGCAAUCUGAGGAAAACAACAAGUCUGAAGUAAGGUAUUGUUCACCCAGUCAUGAUUCAGGCGAGGACAUCCCUAAGACAAGGGAUGGGGAUUUCCUUGAAAGGCAUUGGAAAUAUGAAGAGAAGAACAGUGUUGACGAUCGUUAUAAGAGGAAACACCAAACAACAGAAGACUUGUCGAGGAAGAAAGGAAAAAGGACUUACUCCAUUGGGCGAAGCAAACCAGAGAAGCAUCAUAAAUCCAAAUCUCAUAAGAAGGAACAUGGAUCAUCUGAUUGGCAUUCGGGUGAUGAUAAUAACAAGAGGGUGCCAAGUGUUAGGCCUUCAAGUGAUAAGUCUGGUGCUGUACUUAAGAUUGAUGAAGAGCGGUAUAAUGGGGGAUAUUCUUCUGAAUGUUCUGAUGAUUUUGGUUCCACCAGAGACUCCUCCAUAUAUAGAACAAAGAAAGAGCAUCACCUGAGUGAAAAAAGAGAAUAUGAUAGAUAUAACUCACAACAUCAUAAAAGUCAUAAAUCCUAUUAUUAUAAAAGUGAUGGUGAGAAUAGUAAAAUGAGAAAACAGAGGACUGAAAGUCAGAAAGAUUCUUUUAAUGAUUCUUCUGAUGAUUGGAGAUCUACGGGUACAAAUUCUGAUCAUGAAGAUACUGAUGACCAUUUACCAAGUAAUAGCAGUCGGCCUUACAGGAAACAUGGCAGAAGUGGUAGGAAGAGAAAACAUCGCCCAGGGAGAGAUUCUUCUAAUGAUUCUGCUGAUGAUCGGAGAUCUACAGGUACAAAUUCCGAUCAUGAAGAUGCUGAUGACCAUUUACCAAGUAAUAGCAGUCGGCCUUACAGGAAACAUGGUAGAAGUGGUAGGAAGAGAAAACAUCACCCAGGGAAAGAUGAGUACAGAAAAUAUGAUGAAGAAAUUAGUAAUUCUGAUUCUGAUAGCCCAGAGUUGACUAGGAGGGCCUACAAGAAGCAUUCAAGAAGCCGCACACCCAUUCAGUGAUCAGGCAGUUUGAGGGACAGUAGUUGCUGAAGCAUUCUUGAUUUCCUGAGGCUUCAAUUAUGUACCACAUGUGCAAGAAAAUGGAAUGCUAGAAGCUUUCAACUUUGGAGAAUGCUGUAUUUGAACUUUGCUGUCGAUUCUGCUCUAAGAUGCAGCUGGCAGGGGCUGGGCUGAUUGUUUAAUUAUGAAAAAAAGUUUGGAGUUCAUUGUUUUAUGGGCUUAUAUCACAGUCCAAAGUUCAUCAUGCAGGUUUAAAUAGGCUGGGUCCAGGCCUGACCUAAGGUUGGGACUGAAACCUUCGUUCUGGCCCAUACUGGCUCAUUUUUGGACUGGUUCUGGCUCGGGCCUGAUUUAUUUGAACUAAGUUCUUAAGCCCAAGCUAGUCCUGAACUUGUUCAGUUUUCAAGUGUAGGCCUAAAUAGGGAGCCUGAGCCUGGAUUGUUUUGGCUCUGGCUGAUUGGUCAAACUAGUCCAUUUAAACGCAGUGUUCGAUCUAUCCUACCUUGGUCUAUCAUACUGAUCAGCAUUUCAUCUCAUUAUGUUGUAUCAUUAUGUUAUCUGUUGCACUAGGACCUUCUUAAUUGGAUAGUGUUGACAAAAACGAAUGAUUAUGUGCUUACUAUUGUUUGGAAAUUAACUGCUUGGUCAGUCAUUUAGAAUACUAAAGCUUGUUCCCUCAGGCAACAGUCUGGGAAGUGACCUGUUGAACAGUGGAUCAGGGUUGAGUUAUAAAGUCAACAAAUUGAUAGACUUUAUAAGCCCCUUCUUGCUGUCUGUUAAAGUUUAUAUUGAUACAUUAUUGUUCUCAUGGUUUUUCUUAA